UAAAUUCGUCUAUUGUGAUUUCGAUUAGACAGGCGAACGAGCAGCAGUAAAUAAGAACUUCGACAAGGACUGGGUUUCAAAGGGACCCGCUUCUUCAUACAAAACGUAGGCAGCCUAAAAGGAAACACAAGCGCUCCUUGCAGUCAUCGGAGUCUACGGGACGCCAUGUGACAGUUUUGAAGCCAAUGCAGGGCCAGGACGCCGGUCUCUCCCGGAAAUUCAAGCCGGGCGUGCUGUUUCGUGGAGGCAGAGAAACGAGGAUGGCGGGAGCGAUGCGGGUUCGCCUGGUCUCGCUCGCCCUUUGCAAGCGUCCAGCGUUUCCACCCUGUUGCUUCCGGCGCUGCUAUCCUGUUCGGUCCCUGGUCACCCCACCCACGAUCAGGCAGAAGGGCUUCAAGAAACCUGGGCCAGUAACUUGGAAGAGUUUAGCAGUCACGGCUGUGAUUGGAGGAGGGUUGCUAGGAUUUCUGAAAUAUUUGAAGAAAGAGAAACAAGCAGCAAUGGAGAGAGAGAGUAUCCGAUCGGUCGGAAAGCCUUUGUUAGGAGGCCCUUUCUCACUUGUUGAUCAUCAUGGACAACCAAAAUCAGAUCGUGAUUAUCUGGGCCACUGGGUUUUAAUCUACUUUGGUUUUACACAUUGCCCUGACAUUUGUCCAGAGGAACUGGAAAAAAUGAUGCUAGUAGUGGAUGAAGUUGAUAGGAUCGCAUCUUUGCCUAAUGUCACUCCACUCUUCAUCACCAUUGAUCCAGAGAGGGACAAUGAAGAAGCCAUUGCCAAAUACGUUAAAGAGUUUUCACCAAAGUUGAUUGGAUUGACCGGUACGAAAGAACAGAUUGAUCAAGUGUCUCGAGCUUAUCGUGUCUAUUACAGCCCAGGUCCUAGAGAUGAUGAUAAUGAUUACAUAGUGGAUCACACUAUCAUAAUGUACCUUGUUGGGCCUGAUGGCCAAUUUGUUGAUUAUUUUGGCCAAAAUAAGAAUAACAUGGAAAUUGCUGCCAGCAUCCUAAAGCACAUGAAACAAUACAAGAAAGAAUAAGGGACUUCGUUUUCUGACUAAGCAAGUUUAAAGGAAAGAAAGUCUAAAAUGCAGCUUGUGACAUUAAUUGGAGGAAAUGUUCACACAGGUGGUCUGCUGUGGUGUCUUCUUAGUGCAGUUGAAUUUACUAAACCUAUACCUACAGACUAAGACUCAGUUCUGAAGAGAAGUUGGAUAGCUAUCACCCAUAGAUGCUAUUCUACCGGUUCGGACCAGUUUGCUUGAACCAGUAGCGGAAAUUCCGGGUGGCCUUGCCCACCCACCCAGACUCUAUGGCAUCUCAUUUAGGUCCUUUUUUCGCCAAAAGUGCAUGCGUGGAAGGCUGUGCACAUGUGUGGAGGUGGUGUGCGUGCGCUUACAUUUUGCGAACCGGUAGGGAAGGUAAGUGUAUACCACCCCUGCUUUCACCAAUGAUAUUUUCUCUGGAUAUGCCUUAGCCAAACAGUGGCUUAUUAAAAGCCUUUGAUAUUGAUGCAGAUUUACUCAGAAAGAGUCACCAAACAUAAACCACAAUGCUCUCUUCAUUAGAAGUUCUUGACCUGCUGAAGAGAUGCCUGCUGAACUCACCUGUACUGAAGAUACCAUUGGGAUUUGUCUUCUUUCAAGUUUUAUGCAUUCCUCCUAGGAAGCGGGGCUUCUCGUCCUUUCUCAAUGAACAUUUCCAGGGUGUCACUUUUUAUUUUUGAAAUAUUCAGUAGUUUACAAUAUGGCUGCUAUUAAGCAGCAUGGUAGGAUGGUAACCUUUACUCUAAAAUCAAGUGUGGUGCACAGAUGAUGAAAUAAAGUGAAAGAAACUUAAAACUUGUGUUCUCAUCUUAAAAUCUUUAAGGAGAUAAAGUAUAAGACAGAACCUGUGGCUAAUUAAAUUAGAUAAAUAUGAAUAGCAGACAAGUUUAUUUGUAUUUGACUAGAUAAAAUAGUUGUCCUUUAUCGCUCACUCACUUAGACUGAGAAUUAAAAUGUUCAUUGGUU